ACUCUCCGUCUGUGCGGCCAUGAUAGCCCGGGGCUGACCCGACAAUGCUGCGGUGUGUGCCGCUGUGCCAGGUGGCAUGCCGCGGCUUGCGGAGAGUUCCAUGGACCUCUUUGCUCCGCCAGGUGACCUCUCACGUCCAGGCUGCUUCAUCGAAGCUCCAGUGGACAGGUGAAGCAGGCAUUGUAGCUGGAGUUGGUGGAGCCGGAGCAGCGGAUGUGGCUAAGGUGCCUGACAUGAAAUCCGGUGAACUGCGAAAACUGGCGCAGGCGGCGGCGGCUGAAGGUGCUUCUCUUGAGCUUUGGGAUGCGCUGGCAAAGCGCUGUCAGGACAGUGCGGAGCGCUUGAAUUAUUGGGAUGCCGUACAUAUUCUGCAGGCCUUCACCGAAGCCAACGUCCCCAACCGUGACCUCUUUCUGUCUCUGGGCGAAGCCCUAAGCGCAAAAGCGUCCAAAAUGGCGACAAAGCACGUCUUGGACAUCCUGGCAGUCUACGAGGCUGCAGAUUUGAGGCCAAGGGCUUUGUACGUUGAACUGCUCCAUGGCUUGGUCAGACUGUCAAGGUCCAUGUAUGCAGAGGAGGUAGCGCUGACUCUCCAAGCCUUGGCGAGGUAUAACCUGGGUAAUCCAACGGUGAUUGCCCAACUGAUGCGAACCAUACAGACCGAGAUCAAGGAAUUCAGGUUUCGCUACCUUUGCGCCAGCGCUGGUGCCUUGGGCGCGUUGCACGCCUGCCCAGCAGACUUCAUGGAGAUCCUGGAUCGACGUGCACGAUUCGAGGUGGAUACCAUCAAUGUGCAGGAAUUACUCGACAAUCUGCAAGCUUUUCCACAGCUCGAGUUCUCGUGGAAAAGUUACGAGGAUAUGUGCAUGGAGGAAUUCCUGCAGCGUGUUGCGCGGUUUCGCACCGCCGAGGACGUGGAUCAGUUGGUGGAUCCUUUCAAUACCCUUUACUUCCUCCAGUCGAAUGGAAACCUUGAGAGCAACUACUUGCGCGCGCUGUGCCAGUGGUGUUUGAAGGGCGUCCACCGCCCCAACAUUCGAUCUGAAAGAAGGCCGACCAGUCAACAGCUGGUCACAUUGCACGACUUUUGCCUCGAGCAUGGCAUUGAGGGGGAGCCAGCCCUUCAAGAUGCUUUGGCCUUUUUUGUGGAGUCUGGUGGUGGUCUAUGGCAUCAGCGCUAUGCACAACCUUUGGCGUACCACAAGAAGCGCCGCUACAUACGCAGCGACGACCCCCUGGAAGGCGUCGAGUUGCCCGAGCUCCCUGCACCUCACAGUCUGGCGAGAACGCCCCGCGCGAAGCAGCUGGAAGCGCUGCCGGGGCUGCCGAUGCCGGAGGACACUGCCGUGGACGGUGUGGACUCGGAGGUAGCUCCCAGGCGGCGAAAAGAAUCUGGGCCAUCUCCGUUGUUGAAGGAUCCAGAGGAUACCUUGGUCUAUCGCAUCCGCACGCGCAGUCGCAAGGGGCCGCGGCCGCGGCACCAGAGGGACCACCUGCGAAAGCGCGACUGGGAGAAACAGGAAGUCCCAGGGCCUCUGUGGUACUAUGGGGGCUGGAAAAUGCGACCAAAGUAUCAACCUGGUCAGAGCUUGGGGCCUCGCUAUCCCUACGCGCGGGUUCCGGUGGGUCCCCGAGGGGCUGCCUGGAUUUUACGCAGGUAACUCACCAGCAGUGGCGGAAACCGGGGCAAGUCCCAGAAAUCCAUGGCCUGGUGUUUGAGGUUACCCUCUGGUAAACAUCACGU